AUGAUGACUUCAUUGUAUGCUAAAAAGAUGACAAUGCUUGCUGGACGAAUAUUCAGAGAUGUUGGCAAACAAGUUGAUAGCAAAUCAAUGAAAGUUGUUCGAAUAAUGAGUGAAUUACCUCGCCCAAUGAUUUUAAAAGAUUAUUAUCCUCCAUUAGAAGAAUAUAGUAAUAUUUUACAAAAACUACGCUAUUUGGGUUUGUUUAGAAAUGAACAUGCAGAUUUUCGUGAAGAAAUGGCACGUCUACGUCAAUUGCGUGGCAAAGGGAAACGGAAAAAGGGUGAAAGUAAACGAGGACUAUCACAAUAGUGACAUUAUUUACUUUGUUAUUUGUUUUCCUAAAAAAUAUUUUGUAUAUAUUUACUAGCAGUUUGUAAACAGUAUCGAAUCUUUAAAGUAAUACUAUUAUGUGUUGAAAUAA